CUGUGACAUAACUGCCACAUCAGGUCUGGCCUAGUUCAGUCACUAACUGUCAUUAGUAAAGUAAGAGCUCUGCAGGGUCUGGGAAGAUGAGGAGGAAGCAGCCAAGGAUUUUGGGAAGUCUACGCAAUCCUGUUCCCUCUCAAUCCUGUUCUUCUUCUCUGCCCUCUGUCCAACCAAACAACAUUCAUUUCUUCCCAUUUGAGACCCCCGCUCCUAAGCCUGCCUCUUGUACCAACCCUCUUUCUGUUUUCUGCCCUACCUCUUUUCCUGCCCUGAAGAACACUUCCUACUUCCCCACUUUAAUGAUCACUAUGCCCAGCUCCUCCUGUGUAAACAAACUUUCCUCUAAGCGCCCUGCUCAUUUCACCACCUCUUCCUACCUGUCUACCCUCAUGACUACCUCUUCUCCUAGUGAAGAUAGGCUGGAUAGUUGCCCAGUCCCUCUUUCCCAUCCGGAAUCUAGCUACUUUCAGCAAGACUGGCAUAUUCUUCAGGAACUGAACAAGAAUUCUCUAUACCCAGAGUUUGAAAUUGGAGGAAGCAGAUGUGACUUCACAUCCUUGGUUCCAGGGAAGCUGCAGCCAGGGACGACUGGAAUUCAUGAAGUGGAAGAGGCUCAAGCCCAGGAUGAUCUUGAUACCUUCACUCACGAAGCAGUGGCAAGAACAGCAGCAUUGGAGGACAGAGUGAGGUGUCGUUGGUCAAGAACGCAAGUUUUGCCAAAUAACCAUUUCAGGAUGGAGAAAGCAGAGGGGGAACCUGAAGUGACAGGACCUCAAGAUUUCUAAAUAACUUCAGGACUCAAAAUGAUGCCACUACCUACAAAGCUAAAAUAUGAUAUCUGGGACAGACAGUCAUCAGAAGCAGCAUGUGUCCCAUGUAGCCACUCCAUGGAUAAAAUAAACAAAGUGAACAUGGUUCACAGAAAUAUUACAUUUGCAAACAAAUUAAUAACUGAAUCACUGUUAACUACGGAUCUGUAAACAAAAGGAAGGAAGUUAUUUUACACUGACCCUGCAGUCAUUACUAAAGGAAGAAAGCAUGCAUAAGCUUUUACCUGUAUUGAAAGAACACAAUGUAUCCAAUUUUUGAGGGAAAAUUAUGAAAAAAAAGUGGAAA